CAACAACAACAACAACAGCAACUCUGACGUGAAAAUGCAGCAGGCUUCGACUCUGCAGCAGCAACAGCAGUCCCAAUCGCAGCAGAAACGCAAAAUGUACGCACAGGUAACGCCGUAUAGUAACUCGACGGCCAGUCAUCAACCAGCCUCCGUCGCGCGGAGGAACGCUCGGGAGCGAAAUCGCGUUAAGCAGGUGAACAAUGGUUUUGCUACGCUCAGGCAACACAUACCCCAAACAUUAGCCCAGGCACUGGGAAACAACACCGCCGGCACUCACGGCGGUGCUCGCGCCGGUAGUAAGAAACUGUCGAAGGUCGAGACGCUGAGAAUGGCGGUAGAGUACAUAAGGAACCUGCAGCAGUUGCUGGACGAGCACGAUUCCGAGGCCGGUUCAUCCGCGUCAUCCCCGUCGUCGGGCAGUAGCGUAGGGUCGCCCUCACCGAAGGCAUCCCACUCCAUCGGCUCGUCCAGUCUCAUUUCGGAUCUGGACCAUCAUCAACAACAGGCUGACAUCAAGUUCGAGUUCAAAUCCGAGAGCGGAGACGACGACGUUCAGGAUAUUAUGCAACACCACCACCAUCAUCUCCAUCGUCAUCAGCCGACGGAACUCAAGUUCGAGCUCAAGUCCGAGAGCGGUGAUGACGACGUUCAGGACAUCGUACAGCAUCACCAUCACCUAUCUCAACACCACCUCCAUCAUCAUCAUCAUCACCACCACCAUCAGCACCAAAUGGGCCUGCAGCAGCAGCACAGACAGAGUCCUGUCUACAUACCGGCGCCCUGCUCCGAAGCCUCGAGCUCACCGACCCCGAGCUUCGUUUCCGAGUCCUCGUCAGCUGGGGGCAGCCAGAGCUACGGCGUCAACUUUGCCAGCGCGAUCUACGCUGGACACCACGACGGCUACGACAGCUACGAUCCGAUGAGUCCCGAGGACGAAGAGCUCCUGGACUACAUCUCACUGUGGCAGCAGGGCCAAUGAGUCACCGCACCCCGGACGUUCCUUUCAUUAGCGGCCGCCUUGCGAGAGACUGGCACA